UUAAUUUAUUAUAGUCAGUUUGGCUGUGAUCAGCUGAACAUAGAAUGCGUGGAUGUUUUAUAUUUGUGCUGUGCCUUGAGUUGACUGCAAGUUUCCUACAAAAACAUCUAUCAAAAAUUAAACAAGAAACAAAAUCCUCUUUUUAGCAGUGUGAGAUAUUGACUGUAAAUACAAACUGCUGAAGGCUGCAUGCUACAUACAGUUAAACCAAAGAAUCUACAACAUAAUUCACACAAGGCAGUACAAAUAAGCAGCUGUAACAUGAUUCUGCCCACAGCUUCAACAAAGAGCUCAAAUUGUUGUUCAGUCCUGUAGAAAGGGCCAAAGAAAAGCUUAAUGAUAAUCCACUUAUGUAAGCUUCUCUGGACUUUUAUGCAUUCUCUGGUACCUUGGUUGUUUUAGUCAGACAUCUAAGGAGUAAGUGUAUGCAUGCUUGGAGAUACUUCAUGCAAAGGAGGUAUGUUACAGAUCAGUCUGGCAUGUAAUUUAAUAUCACUGAAUUUUCCUUGUCAAAGAAAAAUCUGGAUCCAAUCUAGACUUUAUUUAAAUGUACUUUUAUUGCACUUUAAGACUAGUGUUGUUAUCCAGGGUCAAUCUGAAUUAUGUUAUGAGAGUAUUUAUUAUUCUCUCAGGUUAAAGAUGCCACCAAAUGGAAAACCAUUUCUUCUCCUUUUAUCCUCUGUGUUCUUGGCAUUGAGAAUAUGUCAUGGGGGCAAGAUUUUGAUCGUUCCUUUGGAGGGAAGCCACUGGGUGAACAUGGAUAUUAUGAUCAAAGCUCUCCACUCUCGAGGACACUCUGUUGAUGUGGUACGAACCAAUGAAAGCUGGUACAUUAAGGAUGAUUCUCACUACAAGACAAUCACACUUCCUGUCACUGAGGCCUUUAAUCAUGACUUUAUUAACACAAUCCUGAAAAAGAUCAUUGACAUAGAAAGGGGGGAGAGCUCUGUUAUGAUCUUUGCCAGUUUGCAGGUUGAGAUGUUUAGUGCAAUGUUCAAUAUGCAUAGAAUAAUGUCCAAAAUGGCUACUAUUAUGUUUGAAGAUAAUAACUUGAUGAAUGAUUUAAGAGAGAGAAAAUAUGACCUGGUUCUUACUGACCCAGCAUGGGGUGCAGGUAUAAUGUUGGCUCAUGCUCUUAAGCUACCUUUGGUCUACAAUGUGCGGUGGAUAACUAGUGGAGAGGGACAUUUGGCCAUUGCACCCUCUCCUUUAUCUUACAUCCCAGUGACUGGCUCAGGGCUGUCAGACAAAAUGAGUCUCAUACAAAGAGUCAAAAAUCUCAUUUUCUAUGUCAUUUGGCAAGCUCAGGAUAGAUUUUUGAUUGACCCUCAAUAUCAAGCUGUUUGUGACCAGUUCUUUGGCCCAGAAGUCAGAUACAGUGACUUAUUACGAGGAGCAGACCUGUGGCUGAUGAGAGUGGACUUUGUGUUUGAAUUUCCUCGCCCCACAAUGCCUAAUGUCGUCUACAUAGGAGGGUUUCAAUGUAAACCUUCUGAACCACUUCCUGAACACUUAGAGGAGUUUGUGCAGAGUUCUGGAGAGCAUGGAGUCAUCAUCAUGUCUCUGGGGACUUUUGUGAAUGAACUUCCUGCUGACAUAACAGAUACGAUCGCUGCAGCUUUUGCCAGAUUACCCCAGAAAGUCAUCUGGAGGCAUAAAGGUAAAAGACCAGCCACUCUGGGCAACAACACUUUAAUAGUUGACUGGAUGCCACAGAAUGACCUCCUGGGACAUCCAAAGGUCAAACUGUUUGUGGCUCAUGGAGGAACAAAUGGCAUUCAAGAAGCAAUUUAUCAUGGAGUCCCAGUUGUGGGUCUACCUGUGUUUUUUGACCAAUAUGACAACUUGCUGCGACUGAAAGAGAGAGGAGCAGCUAAGCUUCUUACACUAGCCACAGUGGACAAAGACAACAACUUCCUGGAAGCCAUACAAGAAGUCCUUACUGAGCCCUCCUACAGGAUGAACAUGCAGAGACUCUCCAAACUGCACAGAGAUCAACCAAUAACACCACUGGAUAAUGCCCUCUUCUGGAUAGAGUUUGUCAUGAGACACAAAGGUGCAGCUCACCUAAGAACAGAGUCUUACAGAUUGCCCUGGUAUUCCUACCACUCUGUAGAUGUCAUGUUGUUUUUGCUAACAGUUGCACUACUUAUUUUGUCACUUUUUGUUGGGUUAGUAUGGUCAUGCUUCAGAUUGUGUUUGAAAAGGAAAAUGAAAUCUGAGUAAUAAGAAAGGAUGCAUUUUUUGUUUUCAUGUUGGUUCAUACAUUAUAGCCAGUUAGGACUGUGAUCAACUGAAUAUAGAAUGAAUUGAUGUUUCACUUUUGUGCAAGUUUUCUACAAAUAAGACAUCUGUCAAAGACUAAACAUAACCACUUUUCCAGAUACUGUUGCUGUGAUUACUUUUCUUCCUUUAUUUUUCAGACAUGUAUGUCUUGAGAAUUGUAUGAAAGGAAGAACAAAUAAGAAAUGACUAGUGGCUGAAUCUUGUCCUGCUCUUUCUGCAAAAAAAUACU